GUGGGUGGUGGCAGGGACGCAGCGUCUCCUCUCUGGAAGACGAGCGCUUCUCUCCUGCGAUUGCAGCUGCUCGCCCCAGGCGCUCUCCUCUAAGGAAGAGGUAACCCUGCUGCAAUCUUUCCAACCCUUAGCUCGCGCUCUUGGCUUCCCCGACUGCACAGCUGCACAUCGGUGCGAGCGGUAGCCCAGCCUGCGGAACCCCCUCCCCAGCCCUUCCUCGGUGCUGCAGUUAGGCCGCGCCCUCAGGCCCAGUCCGCGGCGGCUCCGGCGGGUGAUGCCAAAUACAGCCAUGAAGAAAAAGGUGCUGUUGAUGGGGAAAAGCGGGUCGGGAAAGACCAGCAUGAGGUCCAUUAUCUUUGCAAAUUAUAUCGCUCGCGAUACCAGGCGCCUGGGUGCCACCAUUGAUGUGGAGCACUCUCACGUCCGAUUCUUGGGAAACCUGGUGCUGAACCUGUGGGACUGUGGCGGUCAGGACACCUUUAUGGAAAAUUACUUCACCAGCCAGCGAGAUAACAUCUUUCGUAAUGUGGAAGUUUUGAUUUACGUGUUUGAUGUAGAGAGCCGCGAACUGGAAAAGGACAUGCAUUAUUAUCAGUCAUGUCUGGAGGCCAUCCUCCAGAACUCACCUGAUGCCAAAAUCUUCUGCCUGGUGCACAAAAUGGAUCUAGUUCAGGAGGAUCAGCGUGACCUGAUUUUUAAAGAGCGAGAAGAAGACCUGAGGCGUUUAUCUCGCCCACUGGAGUGCGCUUGUUUUCGAACAUCCAUCUGGGAUGAAACGCUCUACAAAGCCUGGUCCAGUAUCGUCUAUCAGCUUAUUCCCAACGUUCAGCAGCUGGAAAUGAACCUAAGGAAUUUUGCCCAAAUUAUUGAGGCUGAUGAAGUUCUGCUGUUCGAGAGAGCUACGUUCUUGGUGAUUUCCCAUUACCAGUGCAAAGAGCAGCGUGACGUCCAUCGGUUUGAGAAGAUCAGCAACAUCAUUAAGCAGUUCAAGCUGAGCUGCAGUAAAUUGGCCGCGUCUUUCCAGAGCAUGGAAGUUAGGAAUUCUAACUUCGCUGCUUUCAUCGACAUCUUCACAUCAAACACAUAUGUGAUGGUGGUGAUGUCGGAUCCAUCCAUCCCCUCUGCAGCUACACUGAUCAACAUUCGCAAUGCCAGGAAACACUUUGAGAAGCUAGAGAGAGUGGAUGGCCCCAAGCACAGUCUCCUCAUGCGUUGAAUAUUGCCAAAUGCUCUUUAUGAAAAUGCUGAUUACUUUUUUUUUGCAUCCUUUGUUUUUAAUAUUCAUAAUGUCGUGUGCUUGAAAGUGGGCUUUGAAAUGUGUGCUGCUUACUACUCCAUCUCUUCCCUGUUCCCUAGUCUUUAAACAUUGGACGCUAUUUACUCAGCUAUCCAGUAGAGCUUCAAGCUGGCCUUUACGAAAAGUUGGUACAGUGUAACACUAAAGUAGGUGGUUUGUGUAUGUUCUGAUACCUGGUUAUAAUAGAUAAGCGCAUCAAAGCCUUUACCAAUAUCCUCCUGUAUUAUCAGAUUGCAAAGAUGGAAUGCUCCUAUUUUAUCAGCAAGGUAUUAAAAUGCAUUUAUAAAUUC